CACUUGUCCUGUUUACAAAUACGCCUGUUGUAACAUGCGAUCGUUGGUUUCGCGUCGUGCGGCCAUAAUUUCGCGACCAAUUUUUAGUGUUUUUCGUGCGUAAUAAAGUGCUAGAAAUCAUGAAGUUUUCAACAUCCAACGCCAAAUGUGCGUCCUACGUGGGCAAGCACACGUUAUUCGUCGGAACGCACACGGGAUCGUUCAAAAAGCUGGAACCAUUUCAGGAUCAUCCGUACCGACAGACGAACCUGCAGCAAAUUACCGUUCUGGAUAAAACGUCCAAGGUGACGUGCUUGGCUUUUGGGAACAAGGAGCAGACGGAAAUCCUGCUCGGGAGGGCGAACCACUUCGUGAAGGUGUUCGAUUGCAACAGCGAGGACAACAGUUCCAGCUUCGAGGUCGGCGGAGAAGUCGUCGGACUGGGACGAUCCAAUGGCUGUAUCGUGGCAGGAACGUCCAACGGAACGGUUAAAAUUGUCAAAUCGGAAUCGAUCGAAUUUUCAGCCGGAGACAACUUGUGCAAGCUCCGGGUUUCCCUGGAAGAUCCAAACAUGAUGGUAACCGGCGGAAAAGGUCUCAAGAACAUCAUUAAAGUUUGGGACUUGGAACACCAGAAGGUUAGCUUCGCCGCGAAGAACGUCAAAAAGGACAUGCUCGAACUGGAGCAACCCGUCUGGGAGAACGAUGUUGUAUUCGUGGAUAAAAACACCGUGGCGUCGUGUUCACGGCAUGGUUACGUCCGGGUGUACGACUUGCGUGGCCAGCAGCGGCGCCCCGUUCAAGCCUAUGCCCCACCAGAAGGAAACGACGAUCAGCUUUCGUUCAGCUGUUUGACCAACCAUGGCGAGUAUCUGUACGCCGGAACUACCACCGUUGGAACCCGUGCCUUUGACAUCCGUCGCAUGAAAAAUCACAUUCACGUGUACAAGGGUUUCACCGGGACGGUUACGAGCAUUGAUGUGGACUCGACCGGAAGCUACAUUUUCACGUCCUGUCUGGAUAGAUAUGUCCGCGUUCACAAUACCCAGAAAACGGCCAUGGUUUAUCAGUGUUACGUCAAGUCCAAACCAACUCAGAUUCUCUGUACGGAUUACAAGGAAAAGGUUCUCGCCGGUCAAGAAGAGGACGACGACGAUUUAGUGCUGGUCGAGGAUGCCAACGAAGAGGACGUCGAUUCGGAGUACGAGGAUAUGUUUGCGAAAAUGCAAACCGUGAGUGAAAAGGUUGCUUCCAAAAAGAGGAAGCUGGAUAACGAUCAGGGUGAAGGGACGAAAAAGAAACCGCUGAAGAAGAAAGGUAAAAAGGUUAAAUAAAACAUUGUUAAGGUAAGUCAUUAAA